AUGGUGCAAAGCUCUGUGAUGAACUCGCGGAGUCAAUCGAGUGUGAACUUGCAAAGUUUGGAAUCCAAGAACUCACUGAUGAAGGCCAAGGCUGCCGCAAUCGAAGACAAGUUACAGAAAUUGGCCGGCGACGACCAUGAUGAAGAUGUACAGACCGACGGAAAGUUGGUUGAAGAGGAAAGCAAGUCUGAAGGUAUUGUGGACUCCAAGGUUUACAUCGAUUAUGCGAAGGAAUUUGGCGGAUGGACCAUGUGGACAUUUAUUUUUGCGAUUUUCAUUUUACCACAAGCGAUUUACAUUUUGCAAUCGUGGUGGUUGAAGAAAUGGGCUCAAGAAAAUACCCCAAGCGGCGUAAAUGUCAUGGGAAUUUCGGCCGUAAACAAUGAUCAGACUGUUUUCAACAUUUACAACUCUGUUCUCUCUUCUGCCCAUCUUGUUUUGGGCUCCGUUGUUUCUGCUACUGCAACUGUUUCUGAGGCUGUGACUGAACUCAAGAAAAAGCAUGAGGUCAUGUACUACAUCAUUAUUUAUGCGGCGAUUGGUAUAACCUAUGCCUUUGUUGCCACAUUUAGAGUUCUUUUAACAUUCUUUGCUGGUAUCAGAGCCUCGAAUAGAAUCUUCAAACGCGUUUUGACCAAGGUUUUGAGCGCCAGAUUGAGAUUCUUUGACAAGACACCUCUUGGCCGUAUUAUGAACAGGUUUUCGAAGGAUAUCGAGUCUGUGGAUCAGGAAUUGACACCUGUCGCUGAAGGUGUCUUUGCAUGUUUUGUCACAUGUGUGUCCGUUUUAGGUCUUAUCACCUUUAUUACCCCUGGAUUCUUGGUCUUUGCUAUUUUGAUCGCCUAUUUAUAUUUCUUGGUCGGGUCCUACUACAUCACUCUUUCGAGAGAAUUGAAAGAGAUACGACUCCAUUACAAAGUCUCCUAUCCACCAACACUUUUCUGA